AUGGGGAAAGAAGACGUUACAGAGGCCGAGUUUCCGGACGGUCAAAAAGAAGAAGGAAAGUCGGAAAGAACACGAAAGGUCGGACAAAUGGUAAGGUAUUUCUUAUUUUUGGACUGUAUUUAGGUAAAACAUGUCAUAGGUUGUAUGGAGAAUGAAGUUGCGCAUCUUUUGCGUCCAAAUUUGCAAAAAUUUGUACAAGAAGGAUUUUUUUUCUUACAAGCUUUAUGAUGUUAUUUUAGGACUUUCGACUGAACAACCUUGCGAAGGCCAGGGAAGCCAAGAGAAAGCAGCGAUUGAAGAUGGAAAAGCUUUCUGACUGUAAAAGGAGGAGUUUGGUACAAUCUAAAGCAGUAGCAGGAUCAAUUGAACAUGAAGAGCAGCUGAAUGUUGAGGAUGAUAGGUCAGUCGGAAAAAUGGUAAGUUAUUGCUUGUGUUUGGACUGUAUUUAGGAAAAUGGUUUUGGAUUAUAUGGAGAAUAGAAUUGCGCAUCUUUUAAGCACAAAUUCAUACUAGUUUGUUUUGAAACAUUGUUUUUCAGUCGUUUAGUAAGAUAUUGUUUUAGGAUAACCAGCUCGACGAACCCGUGGCUUCAACCUCGGCUCUCCCUCUAAUCCCUCAGUCAAUCAAGAUGCCCUGUGACCUGCUGAAAGAGAAGGACAUCACAAUUCAAGAACUUCAAGCUGAAAUCAAGAAGCUGAAGAAGAAGAAUACAGAAUUGACGAGGCUGCUUGCUCUAUGUUCUCCACAGAAAUCUUUUGUCGGUAUGGUUCAAAAAGUUUAA